GCUGUGUGUGGCAAGAAACAGAGCUUUGUCUGAUACGGGGACAAGAAAGUGCUCGACCAUGAUGGUAUAAGAGUUCUAGAAUAGAGCUACUCAGCAGCGUUUUAUCAUUUCAUCUUUCUGCAUCAGCUUUCCUCCACGUUCAUAAAUUAAAUGGUAUAUAAAAUGCUGGUGUGCUUUUGAGCUAUCUUUGCUGUGCAUUGAAGACGCAAGCCUGUUCGCUCCGCUUCUUUUUCAGUAGUUCUUCAUCAUGAUCAAGCUGGCAAAAGCAUUUUUGUUGAGAAAUGGCUCGUACGAAAAGAAGAUUACUCAGAAUAAGAGCAAAAACCCAGAGAAAAAUGCCACCUUCCUCAGUCGGAUGACUUACUGGUGGUUUAACAGGGUUAUUAUUCUAGGUUACAAGAGGCCCUUGCAGAGGGAAGAUCUCUUUGAUCUGCCUGAAAAUGACUCAUCAUACUCUGUGUGUUCUGCCUUUGAGAAACACUGGAGAGCAGAGGCCCAUCGAUCUGACCAGAUUGGUGAAGAAGAGGAGGAAAAUCUCAAGGGCAAGGUCCCCAGCAGGCUGUCGUUGCUGCGGGCUCUCUGGCAAACAUUUCGGACUCCUCUCAUUUCCAUUGCUCUCCUGAAAGUGCUUGCUGAUGUAUUGGUGUUCUUAAGUCCUCAGAUACUGCGGCUUAUAAUUGCCUUCUGUGAAAACCAGCCACUGUUCGACUGGAAUGGACCUACCUAUGCAGUCAUGCUUUUUGCAGCAACUGCUUCUCACACUGUUAUCCUGCAGGUGUAUCACCGCAACAAUAUGCUGACUGCAGCCAAGAUAAAGGCAGCAGUGACUGGGAUAGUGUACAGGAAGGCUUUAAAUCUGGCAAAUGUCUCUCGACGCCGGUUCACAGUGGGUGAAGUGGUGAACUUUAUGUCAAUGGAUGCCCAGCAGUUCAUGGACCUGGCACAGAACCUCAACCUGUUGUGGUCAGGCCCCUUUCAGGUGCUGCUGGCGGUCUACUUCCUGUGGCAGGAGCUUGGCCCAUCGGUUCUCGCCGGUGUGGCUGUGCUGCUGCUUGUCAUCCCGCUGAAUGCUGUGGUAGCGUCCAGGGUCAAACACCUAAAGAAAACCCAGAUGAAAACCAAGGAUCAGCGGGUGAAGUUGCUGAAUGAAAUCCUGCAUGGAAUUAAGAUCCUGAAGCUCUAUUCCUGGGAGCCCUUCUUUCAGGAGAAAGUAGGGGAAAUUCGGGAAGGCGAGAUUGAAGUGCUGCGGUCAUCUGGGUAUCUGACUGCAUUUUCCAUGCUGACCCUGACAUGUGUGCCUUUUCUGGUCUCCUUGGCAACCUUUGGUGUCUUUCUCUUAGUUGAUGAUGAUAAUGUUUUAACAGCAUCCAGAGUGUUCACAUCUAUCACCCUUUUUAACAUUUUACGUCUUCCUCUUUUUGACUUGCCUACAGUCAUAUCUGUUGUUGUUCAGAUGAAAGUAUCACUAGGUCGCUUGGAAACCUUCCUCAACAGUGAAGAGUUGAAUCCUGGAAAUGUUCAGACAUCUGAAUCUGGUGACCUUGCUGUAGGAUUUACCAAUGCUUCCUUCCGUUGGGAUAAGACUGAACCUGUAGUGUUGAAAGAUCUGAACAUGAGAAUUGUAGAUGGAUCUCUCGUUGCUGUGGUGGGGCAAGUGGGUGCUGGAAAGUCCUCUUUCCUGUCAUCCAUCCUUGGAGAGCUAGAGAAGGUGGAUGGUGUCGUCCAGAGGAAGGAGUCUGUGGCCUAUGUGUCUCAGCAGGCCUGGAUUCAGAAUGCAACUCUGCAAGACAACAUUCUGUUUGGCUGUGAAAUGAACAGGGUCCAUUAUGAGUUGGUGUUGGAGGCAUGUUGCCUGUUUGCUGACAUGGAGCAGCUCCCUGAUGGGGACCAAACGGAAAUUGGAGAACGUGGAGUGAACCUGAGUGGUGGACAGAAGCAGAGAGUGAGUCUUGCAAGGGCCGUGUACAGUGAUGCCGACAUCUUCUUGCUGGAUGACCCCCUCUCGGCUGUUGAUGUGCAUGUUGGCCAGCAGUUGCUUAACAGAGUUAUUGGACCCACAGGUCUCUUAAAGAACAAAACACGCGUGUUGGUGACUCACAACACCACAGUUCUACCGCUUGCAGACCAGAUUGUGGUAAUGGAAAAUGGGAAAAUCACUGAAAUUGGCUCUUACCAGAGCCUAUUGUCUAGUAAGCAAAAGGCUGCAGAGUUCCUGCAGUCAUAUUGCCAUGUUCCUGAAGGCCAGAGAAGACACAGUCCAGAGAAAAUGAAGAAGCAGCAGGUUGGCCCAGUCUUUAGGGAAAUGUCAGAUGGGCAUCUUCAUCAAACCCCUGCUCAAUGUUUGAUGAAAAAAGAAGUUGUUGCAACAGGAAAUGUGAAAAGAUCAGUUAUUAUAAAGUACCUGCAGUCAUUUGGGUGGUUCUGGGUUCUGUUGACUGUUGGUGCCUACAUGGGUCAGAACCUGGUGUCUGUGGGUCAGAACUGGCUGCUGAGCACCUGGACCACUGAGGCUAAGCAGGUGCAGGACCAAAGUGAAUGGAAAAAGCUGCGAGACUCACGAUUGUUCCUCUACGGACUAAUGGGCCUUAUACAAGCCCUGCUGGUUUGCUCUGGAGCCUAUGUCCUGACCAGAGGGACACUGGCAGCAUCUCGUAAACUGCACUUUCAGAUGCUGAACAGCAUUCUACACCAGUCUCUUCAGUUCUUUGACAUGACUCCAAUUGGCCAGGUCAUCAACAGGUUUACUAAGGAUAUGUAUGUGAUUGAUGAACGAUUCCAUUACUAUCUGCGCACCUGGCUGAACUGCAUGUUGGAUGUUUUGGGGACAAUUCUCAUUAUCACAGCUGUCACCCCAGCUUUUCUUCUGGUUGUUGUCCCUCUGGCACUCAUCUACCUCGCUGUACAGAGGUAUUACAUUGCAAGCUCAAGACAGAUCCGGCGACUGGAUGGUGCCUCCCGUUCUCCCAUUAUCUCCCACUUCACAGAAACUGUCCUCGGAGUUACCACAAUAAGAGCCUUUGGUUAUCAGGGGAGAUUCAUCAAUCAGAACCGGCAAACCAUCAAUGAGAACCUAUUGUGCUACUAUAACAAUGUAAUUUCUAACAGGUGGUUAGCAAUGAGGCUUGACUUUGUGGGAAAUCUGAUGGUGUUCUUUGCUGCACUGUUCAUGGUUCAGAGUAGAAACAACAUGGAUGCUGCCACAGUGGGCUUGGUCUUGUCCUAUGCAUUAAAUGUGACAGCAACACUUAACUUCUGGGUCCGUAAAGCCUGUGAAAUAGAGACCAAUGCUGUUGCUAUUGAGAGAGUCUGUGAAUACGAGGAAAUGGAGAAAGAGGCCCCCUGGAUUCUUCCUAACAGACCACCUCAGAAAUGGCCCGAACAGGGGAUUGUCCAGUUUGUUAACUAUGAGGCUCGUUACAGAAAGGACCUGCAGCCAACUCUAAGGGAUGUGACAUUUCAGACUUUCAUGAGGGAGAAGGUUGGGAUUGUUGGACGGACAGGUGCAGGAAAGUCGACCUUAAGCAGCUGCCUCUUCAGGAUUAUAGAAGGAUGCAAGGGCAUGAUCCUCAUUGAUGAAGUGGACAUAGCCAGUAUUGGACUGCAUGACUUGCGAGGGAAACUCAACAUCAUUCCUCAGGGUGCUGGUUUUGGAUGGGGGUAGGGUCAUGGAGUUCGACUCUCCUAGUAGCCUUAUCCAGCAGAGGGGAUUGUUCUUCCACAUGGCCACUGAAGCGGGAAUUAUCCAUA